CGCGGACGCCGACAGACAGACGGUCCAUACGUACAUGGUGCGAGGCACAGGACUCCAAGACAUCGACGAACACGACGAAGGAGGCGAAACAAGCAGCGCGACGUCGUUCUCCUCCAUCAUGUCUCCUCUUCCCGUUGUGAUCAACCCACGACAAGUGAACGGCGGAAGCGACGAGGCCCAAAGACUCCGACACGCUCGAGAACACAAUUCCCUCGCAGAUUCGAUCGCACCGGUCAUGGAAUCGCCAAGCAUUUCCCCUACAACACCACGUAUAUACUCAGCAGGACACAGUAGUUCGGAAGGCAUCCUUCUCGUGACAGAUCAAGGCGUGCGUAUCCAGCACGGAUCCAUCUCAUCGUCGGCGCACCAUGACGCCAUCAACACCAACGAACUGUCUUUCGAAGAAGAAAAUAUCAACCACAAUUCCACACGAUCGUCCUGGUCGUACCAGGACCACCAGCAUCGCAUGCAUCGAGACGAUCCAUCGCACUUGACCCCCGUCCAUUCCGAACACCUCAGCGCGUCCCACGUCGAGCGUCGUCGAAGCGUCAAGGCCCGCCACGCCCCCGACGGAUCGUUCGCGUCUCUCUUGCGCAACUCGUUCUUCGCGUUCCGGCUGAUCUCAUCGAGCGUGGUGUUGGUCGUCGUCGCCAGCGCCUGUGUCGUACUGCAUGAAGUCACGUCAUCCAUGCACCAUUGGUGCACCAACCUCACGGACGCCACGGGAUACGCGCGCAUCGUCGCCCUGUCGACCCUCGCCAACGCCAUCCUCGUCGUGCCAGCACUCCUGCCAUCGUACUGCGGCCUCUACCGCGUCUCGAAAGCACGCAAAGUGAUUCGCCGCCCGUUUCUCCAGAUCUGCGAGAUCAUCGUGGUCGGUCAGCUCGUCGUGUACAUCAUUCAGGUCCUUCUCUGGGCUUUCCACAUGAUACAAGAGCCGACGUGUCCUGCCGAAGUGUACGCGUCGACCAACUCGGUCACCCGCGCCAUCAUUUACGUGAAACUGUGGUCCAUUCUGCCCUGCGGACUACUCACGUGGUGGCAAGUGACUAUUUUUUGCCUCUUUCGCACCCACCUCAAGCUUCAAAUUGGCUCGGCCAACGACUCGAGGCAUUCGGCCAACCUCAAAGGCUGGCUCAAACGCUUGUUCACUCUGCCGUCGUUUGGCCGUCGCAAUCGCAUCAUCCGACAACUGCGCACGGACCUGUUCAAAGCGGCUUUGACUGGGGACCUCGCGCUUGCUGAAUCAUUGCUGACCCGGGCCGAGCAACUCCUCGGUCGCGAGUUUGCCGUUCGGAAACUGUAUCGCGAACCCCGGUUGUGGUUGUGGUCGUUUGCAACCUCUCGCAAGAAUCCGCUGCAUGUGGCCGUGGCCCGCGGCGACUGCGCCAUGAUCAAUCUGUUUGUCAAGUUCCGCUUCGACGUCAACGCGCUCGACAAGGUGGCGCGUGUCAACUUCAACUUUGGCUUGUUCUUCAAAUGGACGCGGCUCUUGGUGAAGACACAAGACUACCUCCAAGGCGCGAACGAGUGGGUAUUUCUGAGCGUAUUGGUCCCGCCGCUGCAUGUGGCAGUCCAGCAGGGCCAGAUCGACGCGGUGCGGACGCUGCUCAAGCACCAUGCUAAUGUCGACACGCUGCCCCGCGCGUCGUUUUACUGGCCCGCCGCCGUGAAACCCGCCAUUUUCUUUGCCGACCAUGUCCAAGUGAUGAAAUUGCUACUCGCCCACCAAACCAACCAUUUGUAUGUCGUCACCCACGGCGCAACUGUCAUGACACCACUGCAACGCAACAUAUUAACAUGUCGGACCGCGCAAUCGACGCUGCUGGAAGAGAACGGGUCGGACGUGGCACUCACGCCACUACAUGCAGCGGCUGCGGCCAACGACGCCGUCGCGUUGGACGCUUUGCUGAGAUUACGCCACGUGGAUCCGGAUACGCUGGGGGAGGUCGUCGCGGGCGUACACAAGCGUACGGCGCUGCACUGGGCCGCCAUCUCUGGCAGUGCCGCGUGUGCGAUCCGACUGCUGGCGAGCCGCGCGAACCCUGAAGCGAGUGACCGCGAUGGCAGGACGCCGCUGCACUGGGCGGCCCGAAACAACCACGUCCAAGUGGUCCAGGUGUUGCUCAACCAAGCCAAAGUGAACCCGAACGUCCAAGAUAACGACGGGGCGCCCGUGCUGUUUUUCGCGGCGGGGGCGGAAGGCGUGGGUGCCGACGUCGUGUCGGCGCUCGUGGAAGCGGGCGCGGACUUGGCAUAUACAGACAUGGACGGCAACACCGCGCUGCACAUUGCCCUGAUCAACGAGAACCGGACCACGGCCGUGUCGUUGCUCCGAAAUGGCGCCGACAUCACCGCGACCAACAGGGACGGACGGCGCGCCGUUGACUGCACCACGUCGACAGAGCUCCAGUUUGCCGUGAAAAAGGAAGCCGGCGCGAGGGACGUCAUGAUCAGCUACACGCACGCGCAUGCGCCCGUGGCUAAAGGCGUGCGCGACUUCUUGGUGGAACAUGCACGCAUGACGUGCUGGAUGGACACGAUGGACCCGUCCGGCAUUGGCGGCGGCGCCGUGUGGCGCGAAGAGAUUGCGCGCGGCAUCUUUCAUGCCAAAGUGGUUGUGGCCGUUGUCUGCGACGGGUACUCGCGCUCCGAAUGGUGUUUGAAAGAGCUCGCGUUUGCCCGCUUGGCUCGUACUCCUGCGGUUGUGCUCGUGGUAGACCCCCAUGGGAUGUCGAGUGACGUGGAGCGUUACGUGGCCAGCGAGUACAUUUUGCCGUUCGAGUCGUUCGAUCCGACCAACCCCGUGCUUCCCGAUCACGUGCUAGCUGUGAUCCGACAAGCCAUUCAAACCAAGCACAUACCCCCUCCUCCUCUCUUGUCGUCAUCACUACCUCCGUUAUCCCCACCUCCAAAUUCCACGACCACCUCCACUCGUUCAUUCCCUAAUAACCAGCAGCAGCAGCAUCGUAUCCUAUCAUCCCCCGAUGCAUCCAACACACCAAACGACGACAUCCCCAUGGUGUUGGUGUGCUACACCACCACAUCAGACAGCUCCAUGCAGCAGCAGCUGCUCCUCCGAGUAACCGAGUCGCUGCGCCGCCGCGGGUUCGUCGCGCGACUCGCGUCCACGUCACUAGCCACUCUGGAUUUUCAAGACGAUGUAGACGCGGCAUGGAUGGACGCAGCGUCGUCGGUCGUGGUGCUUUUAGGUCGGCAAUGGCAUCAAGACAUGGCCGGACUUAAGCGGCUCGUGACUCGAGCCAGUCGGUGCAAGACGGCCGUGGUGCCCGUGGUCGAGGGCGGGCAGUUCCUGGACUUCUCCAGGCUGUACAGUUUAUCCCGGACGUCGUGGUUUCCGUUCGUGGAUGGCAUCGGUUUUCACGCGAGUUUCUCCCAUUUAGUCAACCAGUUGAGCUUGGAAUUGCCCCAUCUGGCAUUGGCAGUCCAAGACCUGCCUCGUAGUCGUGGCGGUCACGGCCACACGUUUCUUCGAGUGUACAAUGACGAUGAUGCAGAGACAAAUAGCCCCAGCGACCGCCCAAUCUUUAAUGUAGACAAACUGGCAAUGAUAUAACGACUAUAACCAUAUACUACUACA